AUGACCAUCGCCGCCGAUGAAGUCCGCGAUGAAUUGAAUCGCAUCUUAGUCUCGUGUUCGUCUGACAUUCAACGAAUUGCCAGGUGUAGAAUUUUAUUGAACAACAUAAUUUCAACAUGGUUGACCAAUUCGGUAGAAAUUUUGAAAGAAGUUGUCGAAUUCCUUGCUCAGGAUAACAUCACAUUGUUCGUAUCCAGACAGAUAUUUUCCGACUUCUGUAUGCAAAUCUUGCCCUGGUUGCCGGAUGCGCAGUCUAAGCUAUUAGCUCAGUUCAUGCAAAAAGAAAUGCAACCUAGGGUGGUUCAUUUUGAAUAUCAUUUGUCCAUUGUCUGUCAUCAUUUAUCGUGCAUUUACGAGAAAGAGGAAAAUUGGAAGGAAGCUGGCAAUUGGCUGGCCAGCAUCUCAGCAGAAUCGUAUUUUAGAUUUUCUGUUGAUUAUCAAUUGGAAUUAUACAUGAAAAUUGCACGUCUUUACAUGGAAGAUGAUGAUCCAUUGCUGGCAGAGCCUUACGUCAAAAAAGCUUCAGUAUUGCAGUUUGAAACAUCAAAUAUUGAUCUUCAUUUAAGUUAUAAAGUUUGUUAUGCACGAAUGUUGGAUUUCCGUUUAAAAUUUAUUGAGGCUGCACAAGCAUAUGAUGAAUUGUCGAACUGCUUAAAAUUAAAAGAAAAUGAUCGUUUGACCGCAUUGAAGAAUACGUUGGUCUGUACAAUAUUGUCAUUGGCAGGAGGCAUUCGAACUAGGUUGUUGAAAUCAUUGUUCAAUGAUAAAAGAUGUCUAUUCUUCAUAAGAUUAUCAACUCUUGAAAAACUGUACUUGGUUCGUAUUAUUAAGCCUCAUGAAAUUGAUGAAAUUGAAAAAUUGCUGAUGCCACAUCAGAAGGCCAAAACAAAUUAUGGCACCACUCUAUUGGUUGAAGCCAUAGCGGAACAUAACAUUCAAUCAAUCAGAAUACAUCAUAAAAAUAUAAAAAUUGAGUCACUUGGCCAUUUAUUGGGAUUUGAACCAUAUAAAGCCGAAUUAAUAGCAGAAAGAAUGAUAUCCGAAGGACGCAUAGAAGGUACAAUUGAUCAAAAAGAAAGUUUAAUAACAUUUAAAAACCGAAACCUAGACCGAUUACACUCUUGGCAGAAGAAAAUUGAAUCUUUGAACAUGCAGUUAAAUCGUAUGAAUGAACUUUUAUUGGCAAACAGUUUGGUAUGGAGAGUUGAGGAUGAUCAAUAG